GAGCUGGUCGCUGGGGCUGGACCGGGACAGGAGAGCAGCGAACGGACGGCUCUUCUGCGGGAAGUAAACGCGCAUCCAGGGCUUUAUUUCCCAUUUUCUACCUCCCCGUAUCUCCCUUUACUUUCUCGGCUUUCCAUCCUGCUGAGAUGAGGAGAUAGUCAACAGAGGAACAGCUGCUCACGAAGUUUUGAAGUUCUUGGAGAGAGUUCGGACAGGAGAAGAGGAAGAUGCUGGGGUUAGAGGUCGCCGCGCUCUGUCUUCUUUUAGGAGCCCUGACCCAUGGCCAGCCAACAGAUUGCAGCAAGAAGAAUGAAUGUGCCAUAGACGUGUACUUCACCAUAGACACAUCUGAGACCAUCGCCCUGCAGGAGCCGCCUCCUGGAGCGCUGGUGGAAAGCAUCAAGACGUUCACCGAGGAGUUUGCACAGCGUUUACAAGACGAAGAACUCAAAGGUGUUGUGAAGGUCAACUGGAACAUCGGUGGACUGCACUACUCCCAGAGACAGGAAGUGUUCAGUCCCAUCGCACCCAAGGAUGACUUCAUCCGUGCCGUCAGAAGAAUCAAAUACCUGGGUAAGGGCACCUAUACCGACUGCGCCAUCUUAAAGAUGGUCGAGGAAAUAAGGGGCUCACCCAACAAAGGUGCCCUGCGCUUCGCUGUGAUCAUCACCGAUGGCCAUGUGACUGGAAACCCUUGCGGAGGCAUCAAAGUGGCAGCAGAGAAGGCUCGCGACGAGGGCAUUCGGUUGUUUGUCGUGGCGGCAUCGAAUAACAUCGAUGAGACGGGGCUGAGGGAGAUCGCCAACUCUCCAGCGAUGGUCUACAGAAGUGAAUUCAUGGCUGUGGAUCUGAGCUCAGGCAGACCAGUGACACAUAUGGACACCAUCAAUAACAUCAUCAAAACAAUGAAACAUUUAGCAUAUGUAGAGUGUUACAAAGUGUCCUGUCUGGAGACGCCAGGGCCCCGCGGUCCAAAAGGCCACAGAGGACAAAAAGGAGCCAAAGGAGACAACGGCGACCCAGGUCUGAAAGGAGAUAGGGGUCGCCCAGGAGACCCCGGUAUCGAGGGUCCCAUCGGUCAGCCUGGUACCAAAGGAGAAGCAGGUUCCAAAGGCGAUAAGGGAGAGAUAGGAGCUCAGGGGAAAAAGGGUGUGGCUGGUAUCCCAGGACGUAAUGGUACAGAUGGACAGAAGGGUAAAAUCGGACGGAUUGGCGCUCCCGGCUGCAAAGGAGACCCAGGCGACAGAGGUCCUGAUGGUCACCCCGGAGAUGUCGGUGAACGUGGUUUCCCUGGAACUGAUGGAGAAAAGGGUGAUCCCGGUCGACCUGGAAGACCUGGUCCCUCUGGCCCGCCUGGAGAGGCUGGACCAAAGGGAGAGAGGGGAAGUCCUGGAUCACCUGGCGUCCCUGGACUGAAAGGAAACCCAGGGGUCCCUGGACUUCCAGGAUCUAGAGGAGAGCCGGGGAGAAGAGGAGACUAUGGGCCAAAGGGUGCUCAAGGGCCAGAUGGAGUUAAAGGAGACAAGGGUGAAAUGGGACCAGAAGGCUCAAGAGGACUUCCAGGAGAAGAAGGACAACCAGGCGCAAAGGGAGACAACGGGCUGCCAGGCCCCAGGGGACCACCAGGGACAGCAGGAGAGCCUGGAAAAAAUGGCACCAGAGGUGACCCUGGUGAUGCUGGACCUAGAGGAGAAUCUGGACCACCUGGACCAAAGGGAGACCCCGGAAGACCUGGCUUCAGCUAUCCUGGGCCAAGAGGAGAACCGGGUGGCAGAGGAGAUAGCGGCAGCCGUGGACCUCGCGGCAGCAGAGGAGACUGUGGUCAAAAGGGUGAACCAGGAGACCAAGGAACUCCCGGAGAGCCAGGUGAGCCAGGUGCUCAGGGUGAAUCUGGUCUAAGAGGGCCCAGAGGAGAGCUUGGGCGUGAUGGAGAUCCUGGUCCUGAGGGAGAUCCUGGCCUCACUGAAUGUGAUGUUAUGAACUACAUCAGGGAAACCUGUGGCUGCUGCGACUGUGAGAAACGCUGCGGAGCCGUGGACAUUGUGUUUGUGAUUGACAGCUCAGAGUCAGUGGGUCUGACUAACUUCACCCUGGAGAAGAACUUUGUCAUCAACACCAUCAACAGACUGGGAUCCCUUGCUAAAGACCCCGAGGCAAUCACAGGAACAAGAGUGGGAGUUGUUCAGUACAGUCACAGCGGAACCUUCCAAGCCAUCCGGCUCAACGACCCCAAGAUCGACACAUUGUCUGCCUUCAAGGAUGCAGUGAAGCGCUUGGAGUGGAUCGCUGGAGGAACAUGGACUCCAUCUGCUCUGAAGUAUGCCUACGACAACCUGAUCAGGGACGGCCGCAGAGCCAAGGCCAAAGUCAAUGUGGUUGUCAUCACAGAUGGACGCUUCGACCCCAGAGAUGAUGACUCGCUGCUCACCUACCUCUGCAGUGAUGCCAGUGUUGACGUGAGUGCCAUCGGUAUCGGAGACAUGUUUGACCAAGCUGAGGAGAAUGAGAGUCUGAAGAGCAUCGCCUGCCAGAAGGAUGGCAGGGUGCUUGGCAUGAAGCGUUUUGCAGACCUGGUAGCCGACGAGUUCAUCGACAAGAUUGAAACAGUGCUCUGCCCAGAUCCUGUCAUCGUAUGCCCUGAUCUCCCUUGUAAAUCAGGAGGGGGCAUCAGAGCGGGGCAAACCCCUCUCCCUUGGAAGCCACUGGCCGAGGAAGGCAGCCCCUCAUUGGUCCCUACCUCUUUGGAGGGUGUGACCAGACUGCUGAACGGCCUGAGCGAGCAGCAGUACGGGGUUGGCGUUGCAACCAUGGCGUACACAGCCCAGAGAGCCAAACUCGCCCAGGGGGAGGACAGGCAGCAGUGGACCCAGCUGUUCAUCGACUCCUUCAAAUAUGUCUAUGGAGACAUUAUGGGAGACCCAGAAAAAGCCUUAGGACUCUGCUAAUGCUAAUAUGCUAACCAUGCUACCUCGCCAUUAUGGACGCCAAUAACUAAUAAGCUUACUGCUGGACAUAGAGUAGAUUUUAUUAAAACUGUGGGCAUUUUUUGUAAGCUCUACGAGUGCAAUAUACACUUAGGCUGAUGCCAUAGGAUUGCAUGAUAUAAGGCUGGCCCUGUCCCAAAAUUUCAAAGCAGCGUUAUAUACACUUAUUGUAUAUGAUGGGCCGAAAUUCAAAAUGUGAUGCUCCUUCUCCUCAUAGAGUAUUUCCAAAACAAAGGAAUUCUUAACUCACAAAAUGACCAUUUGUAUAUUAAUUACUCAGAGCAUGUUAUCUUGAAUUCACAAGGAAUGCAUUGUUUUUCUUACAUGCCUGUACCAUGAACGAAGAAUCCAAAAAAACCAAACAUUCUUCAUGAAUUGAAGUAAAUGGGGAACAUGAUUAAUGACAGAAAAACUAUAUCAUAACAUGGGUUUACAAACACUCCCACAACAUGUGCAGAAUAAACCAAGUCUUAUAUAUCCAAGCGAAUGCUAUGUACUUCUUAAACGCAUACAUUUUGGUAAAAGUUACGAUUUAUGCAAUGUCUGUAACAACAGUCUCACGUGCAGCCGAAUGGCAUGCCUGGGUAGAUUAAGAUUUAAUGUCUCAAAUCAAAUCUUUCAAAAGUCUUAAAAAUCCUAAAACAUAGUAUGUAGGAUAUUAUUUUUGUCCAUCUGCCAAUGUGGCUGCUGGAUUCCAAAUCAUCAUCAUCAUCAUCAUCAUGAUAAUAAUAAUAAUAAUAAUAAUAAUAAUAAUACCACCAUUUAGACGCUUGCAUUUUAUACCAGCAUUUGGCUUGUGGCUGGUGCUAUCUGAAUUGUAAAAUCUCAAAAUAAUUGAUACCAAAUGCCUCUCACAUUAACAUAAUAGUGCUGAUCAAGACAGAAGAACCAGCAACACUCAUAUUCAUCUACCAUAUCCAAUUAAGCGGACAAGCUUUUUUCAAAGCAACCCAAAUAGAUCCUUUUAUGAUAGUAAGUAAUUGUUUUUUUCACAUGUUCCAAUCUAGAAAGUUUUAGUCUAGAAAGAUCAUCUAACUUUUUAACUUGACCAAAAGUCAUGUUUUAUGUUACAGUAAACAUUUUGGCAGAAUUGUUCCUAACCCUGAGAGGGACUCUGGUUCAAACCCGGGGUGGGGGGGAGCCAUUUCUGCGGAGUUUGUAUGUUCCCCCUGUGUCAGCGUGGGUUUUCUCUGGGUGCUCCGGGUUCCUCCCACAGUCCAAAGACAUGCAGGUUAAUUGGUGACUCUAAAUUGUCCAUAGGUGUGAAUGUGAGUGUGAAUGGUUGUCUGUCUCUAUGUGUCAGUCCUGUGAUAGUCUGGUGACCUGUCCAGGGUGUACCCUGCCUCUCAACCAAUAUCAGCUGGGAUACGCUCCAGAAGAUGAAUGAAUGAAUGUCCGUAACACCAAGCUUAUUGAUGUCGGAUCAUGUUUUCUUUCAUCACUUUUGGUUAUCAAAUCAGCCUUAAAUUUCAUUCUCAAAUUCACUCAGAUUUUAUAUUGUAACGUUCUAGCAUACAUGCAUGUAGUUUUGCUGCCCAUUAAACAUUGUCCCCAGUGACUUCUAAUUAUGGAGAAUGUUUGCUUUUUUUGGAUUCUUCAUUCAUUGUAGAGGCAUGUGAGAAAAACAAAGUUUUCUUCACAAGCUUCAACGUGACACGCGUUGAGUUAAUGAAAUAAAAAUGGUCAUUUUGUGGGUGAGGUAUUCCUUUAACGUUCAAGGAGCUGCCUCUUAGAAAAGUAUGUCUGUUAUAAAUAUGAUACAUAUCAUUCCUUCCACCUCAGUGGAGCAACGUUUUCCAUUCACAUGGAAAGCGGAUGUCGUCCAUUUGUUGGAGGCAGAUUGGUCUGUAGAGCCAUUCUGUGUAGUGUACAGUGGCUCUUUGAUGAAGCCUAAUUUCCACUGUGAAUCACGAGCUCGCUGAAUCACUCCGAUGACAUUUUUUUUGCUGUUUUGCACAUAUCCAUGGUUACGGCCUUUACUUUUUUUUCUCGUUUUCUCUGUGAAUGAGUCAUGUUGGUGAAAAGGCCAUGACAUGUGGAAAAUAUCUGGUUUUAUACAUGUCACAGUAUACUGUAUAUGAGUCAGAGGUUGGUGUAUGUGGAUGUUUGGUUAAUUGUCUUGGCACUGACAAUGAAGGAACUAUUGUAUGUUAUGCCCUUGAUUGGUGCAUGUUUUUUUUGCAUGCGGCUUGGCUUGUGUGAUUACUAGAGGAAAAUGACUACAGAGCAGCUUUAACCAAAUUUCAUGUUAGCUCUGUGACUGAACCUUGCUGAUGUGAACUAUGUUGUGAGAUGUAUUCAUGUUUUAAUGUCUCAAGAGAAUAAAAUCAUAGAGCAAACUAAAAAAGUGCUUUCUUGAUGAGGCUACUACUUAUAUCAGAGGGUUUACAUGAUGUCAGACAGAUCGACUGCAACAAGCAUGUAAGGAAGUACAUUAUGUUACAGUAUAUCUUUGCUGGCUUUGACCUCCGAGCAUCUGUGUUCCAGCUGCAGCUCACCGAACACCAUGUUUGGUUUAAAACUU